AUAAAUAUAUCACUUCCUACACCUUACCCUAAAUCCAAUGUUUGCUUCUUUGUCGCACCAGUCCUAAAAUUUUGCUUUCUUGCUCCUACGGUUCUUGAUGUCCAGUAUCGGCUGCAGAAUUUGUGUCUAUUUCGGUCGAUUCUAAUAAAUGGCUUAGGUGCCUUCUAAGGAAGAAGUAAUUAGAUUUGGGUUCUUUCUUCAGUGUUUGCUGGUGGUGAUCCUGCUGCUGGUGCUGCUUAUCUCAAGAGAGAUGCCAUGAAGAUGCUCAAAUUGUUACAGUAAUAUCUUCAAAAUGCUGAAAUGGCUAGUUUAGGUGGAUCCCCGGACCAGGAAUCUGUAGGGUCUGGGACCAAAAGGUCUAGUGCAUCAUCUGGCAGGUCUCGUAACCGCAAGGAAUUUCUUUAUAGGUUUGUGGACAGUGAAGUCCUGACUACCAAACUUGACGACUGGUAUGAAUCUAUAUUGAAAAAAUCAGCAACAGAAAGUCUUCCAUUUGAUGUCCCUUUUGAGUUGAUAGAACUUCAAAAGUUUGACUAUGCAUUAGAGGGAGUAUCCUUUCAGCAGUUGAUUCGGAUGCCAAAUGCUGUCUAUGGUUCUACAUCUGAUGCUGUGGAAGCAACUGCUUAUCUUGCUAUUGAAGAUUUUCUACAUGCAAGUGUGAAAGGUUUGUGGGAGACCUUUUGGAGUCAGGAUGAUUCAAUGCCUUUCUCCAUUGCCUGUCUCUACAAUUCAAACUUAAAGUUCUACCAGGCUGAGAAAGCGAUAGCUAAUGGAAAACUUGGGGGACUUUGUGCCACUGGCAUUUUUCUGAACAACCCUAGACAUCCACAUGGAAAAUGGGAUCAAAUUCUUGAAUUGGCACUACUGAGGCCCGACAUUAGAGACCUUUCUGUGCGAAGUAAUCAGCAACUUUCCUUAUCUGUUCUAAGUGAGGCUCUCUUCUAUGCUCUACGCAUACUUUUAUCAAGAAGCAUAAGCAAAACAAGUGUUUUUGAGAGUUCAAACUGCGUCUUUGUUCUUCUAGUGGAUUCUCAAUAUGGUGGGGUAGUUAAAGUUGAAGGAGAUGUAAAUAAAAUGGAGUUUGAUGUCAAUAAUAUAUAUGAGUGUUCAGCGGACUGGAUAAAAAAGCAUUCAAGAGUCUCAGUCUCUCCUAUUGAGAGAAUCUGGAACAAGCUUGGAAAUGCCAAUUGGGGAGAUAUUGGUGCUUUACAGGUACUUUUUGCUACCUUUCACAGCAUUAUACAGUUUGCGGGAAUCCCAAAGCACUCCAUUGAAGAUUUAGCAGCUGAUCAUGGUUGUCGGUUACAAACAAGAAGAGUGGAAAGGCAGUUAGGGGAUACUAGAGUCAAUGGAAAUGGUCUAUUUCGGUUUCAGCAACGCAGUGUUUCACCGGAAAUUGUUGAAGUUCAGGAUGAAUCCAUCAAAGUUGAGGCUGAAGGCUUGAUAAUGAAGUUGGAGGUAGGGUCUGUAUUAUGGUUGGAAGAUUCAGACCAGCGAAGGGGUUAUAAGAUUAAUGACAUCACGUGUAAUGCUGAACUACAGUAUUACAUUGCAUCACCUGUUGAAGACCCAGGUAAAUCCUUGUUUCUUUACAUUGGCUCUCAUCCAUUUCAACUGGAGCCAGCAUGGGAAGAUAUGAAUUUAUGGUAUCAAGUUCAAAGACAGACUAAAAUAUUGACCAUUAUGAGACAGAAAGGUAUAUCUAGCAAAUAUCUACCACAGUUGAGUGCUUCUGGCAGGAUUAUUCACCCUGGUCAGUGUCGGAAACCCAGAUCAGGUGUAAACUGUGAUCAUCCCUGGUGUGGUACCCCAGUUCUUGUUACCAGCCCAGCAGGUGAAACCGUUGCUAAUAUGGUAAAUGCAGGCAGAUUCAAUCCGGACGAGGCUAUCAGGUGUUGUCAUGAUUGUUUAUCUGCACUUGCUAUUGCCUCUUCUGCUGGCAUUCGACAUGGAGAUAUACGGCCAGAGAAUGUAAUUUGUGUGAGAUAUGGUGCAAGACAGCCUUAUUUUGUCCUUGUUGGCUGGGGUCAUGCCAUUCUUGAAGAUAGGGACCGCCCUGCCAUGAAUCUCCACUACUCUUCAACUUAUGCUCUGCAAGAGGGCAAGUUGUGCUCAGCUUCAGAUGCCGAGAGUUUGGUUUAUAUGCUUUAUUUUUCUUGUGGUGGGCCUUUGCCUGAUUUGGAUUCAGUUGAGGGGGCACUGCGAUGGCGAGAGACCUCUUGGUCAAGGAGAUCAAUUCAGCAGAAGCUUGGUGAUAUCUCAACAGUGUUAAAAGCAUUUGCUGAUUAUGUAGACAGUCUUUGUGGGACACCUUACCCGAUUGAUUAUGAUAUAUGGCUAAGAAGGUUAAGGAGAAAUAUUCGUGAUGAUGACCAUGGUAAGGAAAUUGACACUUCAGGCUAGGUUUUCUGUUGGCCAAUACUGAUCGGAUUUGGCUCCUGGUAGCAACAUUAUGUAUAUUCAUUAGAAAUCUCUACACUCUGUAAGUUGUUUUCUAGCUCCGGUGAUCUACAUUUUUUUUCAUCUUGAGGACAGUAAGUAGUUCAAAAUUUGGAGAAUGGUUUGGGAUGUUUCUUUGUUUUUUGGAGAUCAUGGGGACCAUAUAGUGAUUUUUCUUGCAGAUCAGCCACCCUAUCAGAUUUGGUCUAUUUUGUUGGAAUUGUGUGCCUGCAGUUCCCACUUUCUGUAAAGGUUCUCAAAAUAUCAUUGCUUUCUGUUUUGGUGAUAUAUAUAUAUAUAUAUACAUUAUAUUAUUUUCUGACGUUCCUUUGUAAAGAUAUGAACUAUCAGGAUUGUCCUGAAAUUUGUAUAAUCUUUUAAGGUCUGAGAUUAGUUCAA